AUCUCAGCGAAUGCCAAAUCUAGCAGAUCUCAUGUCCGAGAACCCUAAAGUAGGCAAACUUUCCAUCGCAGGUGAUGAUGAUUCCGCUCCUAAAGCUCCUUUACCGCUGAGUGUCGACAAAGUAUGUAAGGUGAACAGUGACUGGCCCGCCCUCCCUUCAGUCAAGUCACUCACGGCUGCAUCAGAUAUGUCAGAACUGUAAACUGGAUGAAAUUCAGCGCUAGCAGCAGCGGGGUGCAUCAGGGAAGACAGAGACGUGGAUUUCAAACGUUUCAUGACUUGGUUGAUGAGAGCACGAAGAGAGCGACUGGUGUGGACAGCUCAACUGCGAGGGCCCUCUACCGCCAGCCUGCCCGCCCGCGAAGCUCGAGCCAAAAGAGGUCGACAGAAGGUGGCAGACCGAUGUCAGAUGCUGGAACUGACCUACGCAGUGCAGUGCAGUGCAGUGCCAGCUAUCCGGAUUUGGAAGUUCGAGAACUUCGUGUUGAGCAAGGGAGGAAAGCCGAUGAACAAUACAAGCGUUCUUCGAAUCCCCAAGCUGCUUUCCACCAGACGGCAGCGUAGUGAGACCUUCAACCCCCACAGUACAGUACUUAUUUCUGGUCCGGUAGAGUACGCAUUGCAGUACGGGUACGGGAACCGCUCUGCUCUGAUGAUCUGAUUCUGCUCAGUGCUCGACUGACUCAAGUUCACUGAACGGGCCAGCCAGCC